AUGGACGGUGGGAAAAAAUCACAAUCAGGUUCUUCAUUUACUUCUGAUCUUUUUGGCUCGAAGGAUUCUACUUCUGGUUCGGUUUUCGGGUCACUCUUAGCUCCUCCUCAUAAGCUCUUCGGACGGGAGUCCCUGCAUUCAUAUGAAUGUUGGAAGAAAGAUGAUGCUGCAAAUCAGGGUUGGAGUGGCAAGACUGGAGUUCCAAAUAAUGAUGCUCCGAGCAAUGAAGAAAAAAGCCAGAGCAGUCGAAGCAAGGACAUCAAUUCGUAUUUUCAGAAGGAGAAAUCAAACCCGUGUAAUUAUAGUUCAUCGAUAUACUAUGGUGGUCAAGACCUCUAUACUUUACCAGAGAGUACCCAGGGCUCUUUCUUUACAACUUUCACAGAUGAGGCAGGGGAUGACUCGGGCAUGGCUUCGAGAGGCAACUGGUGGCAGGGAUCUCUUUAUUACUAG